UGUCAACGGGUAAAGCCAUAAAAAGCACACCCGAGUGAACAAAUGAAAUGAGUGGCAAUGCCAACAACAACCACAACAACAAUUACAGGAAUAACAAAAGCAUAGUGUAAUAGCAAUGGCAACAAAGCAAACGAUUGCGACUAUAAAAUGGCUCGGCAAAGUGUCGAAGCUUUUCAAUUGUUCAUUCUCAGCCGAGGCGGUGACACCUGUUGAGCGCCGAGAAUAGAAGGAUACACACUUCUGAACGAAUGCCUUGUGCAUGAAUAAUUAAGUGUUUCGUUAACAUUGUUAGACAUGCAUACAUAUGUGGAUACAUAUAUACAUAUGUAUUGAGGUGGUGUGUGGUGACAGGAGCUUAUGCUGGAGCUCAUAAAACAAUUAAAAACUGUUUGAGUUAUGUUCGGCGGCCUCUUCUGAGCAAACAUAUGGCAGCAAUCAGCGCGAAAACCAAUUAAUGUGUGCGAAGGCAAUUAAAGUUUCAAUCGGUUCGCGUUUAUAAACAUCAUCGGGUGUGUUUGUGGUGAAUUUAUUGUAGCAUAUCAUUUACAUAUAUACAGACAUACAUGCAUACUCGUAUAUAUAAUAUAAGAAAUAGUGUUUGCGAAAAUCAAAUUUGUUCAAAAAGCCAUUAUGUUAGAACAACAAACUGCGGAAGUGUCUGGUGAUCGGGCUCAGGCAAGUGUUGCACGCACAGCGUCGAUGUUGAAUGCAGCGGGUGGAGAGAGACGUUCAUCGACACCGAAGUUCGGCAAUACAAAUCGGUGUAUAAUCGCUGUUAUUGUCUACUUCGCUUUUCUACUCGAUAAUGUGCUGUUAACUGUAAUUGUGCCCAUUUUACCCGAUUAUCUAGCGACUAUAAAUAACAGGACACAUCACACUCCAUUGGUGAUGUUCAACAGUUACAAUGACUCGAACAGUGCUGUUGUCAACGUCGGCAUCGCUAGUCCCUUUGUGGCAUCGCCUAGUUUAGCCUAUCGGUAUAUUGAUGGCGCACCACCACAACCCAUACAGACAAUUAUGACGAAACAUCCGAUACCCGGCAAAUCGAUGGUGAACUUUACGCUGCAUACCGACGAUAAAACCACAUUCAUACCCGGUGAGCACAAGCAAUCGCUACGCUACAUCAACACAGGUGCAGGUACAACAGGCGGCACAGCAGCUGGUACAAUGACGAAAAGCUCAACUGCCGGAAAUACCGCAGGAGCCGGUGGCAAAGUCGCAAUACAAAAAGAGCAUGGCGUAGCAAAUUUUAAUGAGGAUACUGAUAUGGCCGCAAACACAAACCCCGCCCUGCCGGUAAGCACUCCGCUCGCUGAGAGCAAUCGUUAUGGCAAAAGUACGACACGGACACAAACUGAUGCGAACGACAGUCUGGCUAGUGAGAAUAGCGCCAUUGGUAUUUUGUUGUCUCUGAAGGCGUUAGUACAGUUAAUAUUCAAUCCCAUCGUGGGCAAUUUGACGGCCAAAUUUGGUUAUCGAUUGCCGAUUGUGGCCGGAACGUUUCUCUUGCUGCUAUCCUCGUUGGUAUUCUCUGUGGGUGAAACCUAUGUAGAGCUGUUAAUUGCGCGUGCCAUACAAGGAGUCGGCUCGGCUUGCAUAGGUGUAUGCGGUAUGAGUUUGGUAGCACAGCACUAUCCAGAGGAGGAUCGCCGCUCAAAAGUCAUGGGCAUAAUUUUGGGCAGCAUAGCUUUAGGCGUCUUACUCGGCUAUCCCUUUGGUAGCAUACUCUAUGAUUUGGUUGGAAAGUCCGCUCCGUUCAUUAUACUGUCGACGGUGAUCUUUUUGAAUUUAGGAAUGCAGCUGUUAACAAUGGAUCUGUCCAUACAACCUGAGGUUACAACUGAAAGCGAUGAGCAGCAACAAAAAUGGCGUCCACUACUCGAAAGCAAAAUGAUACUCGCCAUUGUUGUGGCCAUUUGGUUUUCGACCUCGACUAUGGCAAUUCUGGAACCAUGCCUACCCAUUUGGCUGAUUCAAAAUCUACAUCCGACCAAAUGGCAAUUGGGUACCGUCUUCAUACCGGAUUCUGUGGGUUAUUUCAUUGGUACAAAUUUCUUCGGCACAUUUGCCUAUAAAUACGGACAGGUGAAGAUUUCCUGUAUUGCUCUCUUGCUGGUGGGCAUUUCUUCGAUUUUGAUUCCAAGCGCCACAACGGUUAGUCAACUCUUCCUGCCACACUUCGGUUUGGGUCUGAGUAUUGGUGUGAUUGAUGCGGCGCUAGUGCCGCUGUUAGCUACUUUUGUUGAUGCCACUCUGGCGCAAGAGGAACAAAGCGAUACUGGUGGCGGUAAUUCCAUGUCGAGUUAUGGCACUGUCUAUGCCAUACAACAGACAUCCGUUAGUUUGGCCUAUUGUUUGGCUCCUUUGUUGGGUGGUGAGUUGGCGCAAACUUUUGGUUUCUCUUGGUUAAUGCGUAUUGUUGGUUUCUUCAAUAUUUGCUAUGGACCCAUUUUGGUUUAUCUACAUCAAAAAUAUAAUCCCACGACUAUCCGAGAAAAACAUAACGAGUUACUGCUCAGGAACAGUGGACGUGACUCGCAGUAUAAGCAGCUCUACAAUUCGAUUGACAUGGAGUAGGAAAAUUACUUUCGAUUGGGAUUGAAUUUCAUACUUUGUUAAUUUGUUUAAUUUAAUUAUAAAAACAAGUGUAAAUAAUUUCAUAGAUGUAUUUGUAAUUGCAAUAAAUAUAUUGUUAAAAAUGUAUGUAUUUAAGUUAACUGCCAUCUGGUUCCCAUUUGUUACCCAUUAAAAUUCACCUGUGAAAUUACAUACAUACAUACAUACACAUUUCAAUGAUAUCCUGUAUGCCAACGUCGGCUAUUAAAAAAAUGUCAUAAAAAAUGUAAGAAACAA